GCUUCAGGUAAAGGUUGCCCCGGCCGCCGCCGCCGCCCCCUCGCCCGCGGGGCCCUGCGGUCCCUCAGCACCGAGCUGAGGCCGCGCUGGGUGGCCCGGGAGCAUCCGUUUCCUGGCCCUUCCCGAGCCUGACAGCCGGGUGUGGGACUUAGGUAGGUGAGCCUGUGAAACAGUAUGAAGAGGAGAAAAUAGCCUUUUAAAGAAACUGGCCCACAGAAAGGAUGGCCUUCUUGGACAAUCCAACUAUCAUUCUAGCUCAUAUUCGACAGUCACACGUGACCAGUGAUGACACGGGAAUGUGUGAGAUGGUUCUCAUUGAUCAUGAUGUUGACCUAGAGAAGACUCAUCCUCCUUCUGUGCCUGGAGACAGUGGGUCAGAAGUUCAGGGAAGCAGUGGUGAGACUCAGGGCUACGUGUAUGCCCAGUCUGUCGAUAUUACCUCAAGCUGGGACUUUGGUAUUAGAAGACGCUCAAACACAGCUCAGAGAUUAGAACGACUCCGCAAAGAGAGACAAAACCAGAUCAAAUGCAAAAAUAUUCAAUGGAAAGAAAGAAAUUCUAAGCAAUCAGCCCAGGAGUUAAAGUCACUAUUUGAAAAAAAAUCCCUCAAAGAGAAGCCUCCAAGAUCGGGCAAGCAGUCCAUAUUGUCUGUACGCCUGGAGCAGUGCCCUCUGCAGCUGAAUAACCCCUUUAAUGAAUAUUCCAAGUUUGAUGGCAAGCCUUCCAGGCAGCUGUUUGUGGAUCCUAGAACCCUCAAAAUUCCCAAUGAGGGCCAUGUGGGUACAACUGCAACUAAGAAGAUCGACGUCUACCUCCCCCUGCAUUCAAGCCAGGACAGACUGCUGCCAAUGACCGUGGUGACAAUGGCCAGUGCCAGGGUACAAGACCUCAUCGGGCUCAUCUGUUGGCAGUAUACGAGUGAAGGACGGGAGCCAAAGCUCAAUGACAACGUCAGUGCCUACUGCCUGCAUAUUGCUGAAGAUGAUGGGGAGGUAGACACAGAUUUUCCACCGCUGGAUUCCAAUGAGCCCAUUCAUAAGUUUGGCUUCAGUACUUUGGCCCUGGUUGAAAAGUAUUCAUCUCCUGGUCUGACAUCCAAAGAGUCACUCUUUGUUCGAAUAAAUGCUGCUCAUGGAUUCUCCCUUAUCCAGGUGGACAACACGAAGGUCACCAUGAAGGAGAUUCUGCUAAAGGCAGUGAAGCGAAGAAAAGGAUCCCAGAAAAUUUCAGGCCCUCAGUACCGCCUGGAGAAGCAGAGUGAGCCUAACAUCGCAGUGGACCUGGAGAGCACACUGGAGAGCCAGAACGCCUGGGAGUUCUGCCUGGUCCGAGAGAACAGUUCAAGGGCAGACGGAGUUUUUGAGGAGGAUUCACAAAUUGACAUCGCUACAGUACAGGAUAUGCUUAGCAGCCACCAUUACAAGUCAUUCAAAGUCAGCAUGAUCCACAGACUUCGAUUCACAACUGAUGUGCAGCUCGGUAUCUCUGGAGACAAAGUAGAGAUAGACCCUGUUACGAAUCAGAAAGCCAGCACUAAGUUUUGGAUUAAGCAGAAGCCCAUCUCAAUCGAUUCUGACCUGCUCUGUGCCUGUGACCUUGCCGAGGAAAAGAGCCCCAGUCACGCGGUAUUUAAGCUCACCUAUCUGAGUGGUCAUGACUAUAAGCACCUAUACUUCGAGUCCGAUGCAGCCACAGUCAGUGAAAUCGUGCUCAAGGUCAACUAUAUCCUGGAGUCACGAGCAAGCACUGCCCGGGCUGACUAUUUUGCUCAAAAACAAAGAAAACUGAACAGACGGACAAGCUUCAGCUUCCAGAAGGAGAAGAAAUCAGGACAGCAGUAACACUGGCUCCAGUCUGUUGCUGCAGCCCAGCUUGCCUGCAGGGCCAAGUGGUCCCAGAGUCCACCUUCACCCUGCAGUGCCUGGGCUCACAGGCAUAGUGCUGCUGGGCUCUAGGGGAAGGUUUAGAGGUAGGGGGUGCCCUACUCUGGAGUCCGGGGACAUUGCCAUUGGACUGAAACCUGGCAAUGAAUUUAAGUAGCAAUGCCCGAGCCAGACCACCUCCUGGAGAGCCACAUGCUACUCAGCCGUGCUCACUGCCUGGCAGCCCCGCUAAGGGUGUACAUAGUCAUGCCAGACAUCUCCUUGCAACUUGAUCAAAUUUCUUAAAGCAAACAAAGAACAAAAGUGUACAUUUCUUUUUUUUUUCCUUUUAAUAAACAGGUGUACUCUUUAUCAUAGUUGGUAUGGUGGACCAUUUUUGGGUGCGGAGGAUUACUUACAUUAUCUUCUUUAAAAUCUGUUCCUGUAUUAAACAGGCAGAUUGCAAAAGCUGUGGUUGGAGCUCUCAGAAGCAAUGUUUAGGGCUUAGCCAGUAGUUAACUAUGCCAUGUGUUUAAAUGAGCAUAGGUUUGCUUUGAGAAUAGCAUCUUAUGGAAGUUAGGAACGAGGACCGUGCAUGCGUCCAAGCGAGGCUAUCCUUUUCCCUUUCAAAGGCCUUCUCAACAUCCCAGCACUUGUGACCUGAGGGACAGGUGCUGGUAGGACAGUGUGACAGUGUGUCUCCAGGCGGUACUGAGUUCCCAGCCAGAGUAGUUUUCUCCUCCCCUCAUAGCAAGUAUGAGAUGGUCAACCUGAACCUGAGUCUGCCUCACUGGCGCUGCCUCCUGCCUCCUGCCCUCUACUGGUGCCUGCAGAGAGAGCAUGUCGGGAAAAGGAAAGUAGAGGGGAGCCCCUGUCCUUGCACCCCAAGCCUUGGGCAGAAAGGGCAAGGUACCCAGUGCCCUGACGCCACGCCUCUGGUUCACCAGAUGCCUGCAGACCUCACCGUGGUCCCUCCUGUGGCAGCAUCCUUGCAUACUGUCCUGGCCAGGACCAGGGACCUAUGUGUAGAACAUUUUUUAAAUCGCUGUGUCUGAGCAUCUCAGAGUAGGUGUGUCUCUUUGCAAAGGGUCAUCUGGAUGAAUGCCUCAUUCUGGUCUGUUCAGACAACAGGAACACCCUUUUCUAAUGUCUUCCAUUCCUGUCUCCCCAAAAAGAUAUAUUAUUUGUAGCUUGCUCUGUAUUUGAAUUUUUAGCAAUUUUAUAUUUAGAUAUCUUUGAAAUUUAAAUGACUAAUUUGGUCAUUAAAUCUUGUCACAUAUUCAAUAUUAAAAUACUAAAAUAAAAGUCAUAAAUACC